GCACAACCAAUUUUACCCUAUCUCGUGUCUGCCAUAGUCGCACGCAUUCCUUCUCAACCAACCACCCUCCCGUCAGAAACAGCCGAAACCUCACAAUGCACCGCUUCAUCCUAUUCGCGACUGCCCUAGCAGCUCUGUUCACCUCAACCCUGGCAUGGAGCUUCCCAUCCAGCAUCCCCCUGUUCAGAAGGGAGGACAUCUCCCCCGGCAGUCCGCUCUACGAAUGCCACGCCGAUUGCGGUGGGGUGAUCCUCAUGUCCCAGGACGACACCAACGCCACCUACUGCUCCAACGCCACGUACAAGACCGAGCUCAGCGGCUGCCUGGAGUGCGCCCUGACCUACAACAUCUGGCAGUACUACGGCGACGACGUCCAGUCCGCGGCCGAAGCGUGCGGCGACAGCGCCACGCCCAGCGCCUCGUCGGCUGCAGCGAGCGCCACGGCUGUUGCGAACUCGACUGCUGCUAGCUCCGGGGCGAAAGCCACCGGCUCGUCCUCGGCCGCGUCCAGUGGCUCCGCGGCUUCGGCGUCGGCCACUUCGAUGUCUGGGGCGGCGGGCGCGUCGAUGAGCGUGGGCGGGAUGCUUGUUGCUGCUGCUGCUGUGGUUGGGGGGGUUGUUAUGGUUUGA